UCCAACCUCUAGAUGUCCAGACCGUCGUCGGAUUCGCUUCCAUUCUCUGUGGAAUCGACUGAGUUCUGAGCUGAGAAUAAACCCUAAUCUUCCCUUCCCGUCUUCUCCGAUUUUGCGAGUAUGAGUCGAUCAGGUCAGCCCCCGGAUCUCAAGAAGUACAUGGACAAGAAACUUCAAAUUAAGCUUAAUGCCAAUCGAAUGGUUGUUGGAACUCUCCGUGGGUUUGAUCAGUUCAUGAAUCUUGUUGUGGAUAACACUGUUGAAGUGAAUGGUGAUGUGAAAACUGACAUUGGGAUGGUGGUGAUAAGAGGAAACAGUAUUGUUACCGUUGAAGCUCUUGAACCAGUUGGAAGAUCUUAGCUUUAUUACUUUGCACCAUCUGUAAUCAACUUUUGUAUCAUGACUUAGUUUUCCCUCUGUGUCGAUCUUAAAAGAAGUUUAAUUUUGAUGAAUUUCCUCUUCUUUGGCUCCUUUACUCCUAUGUUCCGAAGAUUCCUGUGAACUUGUUAGAUGGUUUUUAUGCCAAUCUGAUUACUAUUUUUUUUUUUUUUGUAAUUACUGUCCUCGAGUUUUGAAUUCUGCCAGGUUUUGAAUUCUGUAAU